CGCGCUAAUUCACUUUGCGCUGCAGAAGUUGAAAAUCGAGUGCGCGCGUCGGUCGCUUGCAAAAGCUUUCUCUCCUCCCUUAGCUAUAGCGGGCUAUAGCAAGACGGGCUGGUCCUUGUCUUUACGAGCUGGAUCUCGUCUUGUAUCAGAACACACACUUCGCGAGAAGUAAAACGCGUGCGUACGGCUCAACCAACCGAAGUCUGCAGAGCAGCGCCACUACACCUCUUCCCCCGCCGUCCAUCCGUCAGUCGCCGUUCUUGCUGGUCAAGGUCAUCCCCUCCUGUCCAGUAUACAAACUCCCAAGCGAAGCUAAGGAGCCUAUCUGACUGCGGCGCAGUUCUUUGGGCCGAGCUACCUCUGGAAUCCGUCGUCAAUCAUCACAGAGAUUGAUCGAAAACAAGCGCUGGUCGCCUUCUUAGACGAUAUUCAAUUCACAGCCGUCACAGAGUCAAGAUUUGUUUAUUUCUUCAAUCAGGCACCAUUCAGCCACCCCUUCGUUCGUACUUGUCGUCGUUUUUUCGUUCGCUAGUGUUUUAUCGCACUGCAACUCGCACCUUUCACCGCCUCCAAUCUACGCUGCCGACCUAAGCCCUCAUCGCACCUUCUAAAACUGCUACUUACUUUUUUCUCAACCAGUUCCCCAGUCUACAGUCGCGCUACAAAACGCUGAAGUCCAGUCAUGGCCGUUGCAAUGUGCGCGCCCCCUCCUCCACUUGCCCUCGGUCACUGCAGUGGACCCGUCGUGGACAGCGCGGACCGUUUCUACAAGUUCGGUACUCCGAGCCCGCCGAGCGUCCCCGAGUACUCCCCGCCGAGCUGCUACUCCGAGCUGGAGGAGAGCGGUUUUCACUCGGACGAGGAGAUGCAGAAGACUCGGAAUGAGAUGACUUGCUACCUCGGUAGCAACAGCGACGAUGAUGCAAGCAGUGCCUCUGAUAUUGACGAAAUUCUGCGCGAGAUCGACAUAACCGAGGACCUCUCUUCUCCCUCUCCAGUGGCGAUCAAGUCAGAGUUCAGCCCGCCGCCUCCCAAGCCUGGUGUGCCCCUCCGUGAUCACCCGAUCGAGGUGAAGACGGAGCUGAACGUAAGCUGCUCCUCGCCAGGCACUCAGCCGCUACAGCACUUCCCCUAUGCCACCACCACCCCACCUCCUCCUCCCAGCUAUGUGGCCACGGAGCACGUCACGACGCAGAAGUCAGUCGCCUUCUCAGCCAGGCGGAGUGCCGGGCGCAUGGUGGAGCUCCCGUCACCACCAUACUCCCAGAACACCACGAUGGUGAAUAUCAACCUGAAUGUCAACGCUCAGGCAUACACGUACCAGGCAAGAAACAGCAUCUACACGACGUCGAGCUCUGGGGUACCCCUACCCCUCCAGCAUUAUUCCACCCCGGCCAAUGUCAUCACUCCACCGAACUCCAACCCACCCUCCCCGCUGAAAGAUCAGCCCCUCUAUCCUCAGCUGCUGGCCCAGACGCUCCCUCCCUACACCCCGUACGACCUCAUGAACGCCGUCUACUACUAUGCCAAGCCCCCGCAGAGAAACAAGCGCGUUCACCGUUGCUCGUACCCGGGCUGCAACAAAGUCUACACCAAGAGCUCCCACCUGAAGGCGCACCAGCGGACACACACUGGCGAGAAGCCUUAUAAGUGCAACUGGGAGGGUUGCAGCUGGAAGUUCGCCCGCUCCGACGAGCUCACGCGCCACAUGCGCAAGCACACUGGAGUCAAGCCGUUCAAGUGCCAGCACUGCGAGCGGGCCUUUGCUCGCUCCGAUCACCUCGCACUCCAUCUUAAGAGGCACCAGUGAUUAUCUCCGGACAUCGGGCCUUUCACUAACAGUAUUUUGUCAUCACUGCAAUUUUUGCCGAAUGUAAAUCAGUUGUCACUCUUGCCUUCCCUUUCUCUUCCUUACUGUUAUACCAGUACGUUGCACAUGUCACUUAACAGCUCGAAAUUCACAACAUGCAAAGAACAAGCAAUUUCUAUCUUCUGUGAUACAUAGUCUGCUCAAACAAAUUUUUUUGCGCUCUCCCUGGAUUUUGUAUGGUGUCAUCCCCUCCUUUUUCUCUGUAUUUAUAAGCGUUUUUUUUUGUCACAUUGUGCCCAUUGUAUAAUUUUCCUGUUUUACAAUCUGUGAUUGUAAAAGGCUUUUUGCUCCCUGGUGGGCUGGCCUGGUGUGUAUACCAUUGAGAAAAUUGAACCAAAGCUACAACCUGUGCGCACAGCGCUGAGAAAUGCAACCAACGCUCCAUUCGUGAUGACCU